AUGUCGAACGAUAACGACAACAAUAGUGAUGAGACGGUACCUCCGGCAGUGCUAGCAGAGAAUCCACCAUCAACCAGUGCAUUUCCAACGACCGGCGUUUUCCGAGUCGGCAUACGUGUUCCUCCGUUUUGGCCCGAAGAGCCGGCGGUAUGGUUCGCACAACUCGAAAGUCAGUUUACUAUAUCCGGAAUCACCAGCGAUACAACUAAAUUAUAUCAUGUAAUUGGAAAUCUCAACCCCCAGUUUGCGAUUGAAGUUAAGGAUAUAAUCUUAUCGCCACCCGAAUCAAAUAAGUAUGAUAAACUGAAGACUGAAUUAAUUAGACGAUUGUCAGUCUCUCAGGAGCAAAAAAUUAGACAACUGAUGCUACAUGAAGAACUCGGCGAUCGCAAGCCCACACAAUUCCUGAGGCAUUUACGAAGUUUAGCUGGACCAUCAGUUCCUGAUGACUUCUUACGUCAAGUUUGGUCUGGCCGUUUACCCAAUAAUGUACAAACUAUUGUGGCGUCGCAACCAAGACUUCCACUCGAUGAUAUAGCAGAGUUAGCCGACCGAAUCCAAGAACUGGCACCAAGUUCGAGGCACGUAGCCAGCACAUCAGCGGAACCGACGGGUGCCGUAUCAGAAUUAGGUCGACGCGUUGACCAGCUAGCACAGCAAGUGGAAGCUUUACUCAGCGAGGACAAUACGCAACGCCGAGGCAACAAACUGCGUGGAGCCAUGUACAUUCAAGUCGGGAAACAUCCGGGGCAGGCAAUAGUGGCCGAAAACGUCUGCCCCAUUUCGUCAGGCCGUCUAUUCAUGACAGAUCGUGCAACAAAGACCCAAUAUCUAAUCGACACGGGUUCAGACCUGUGCGUAUUUCCGCGUUUACUUGUCAACGAACGUCGAAAGAAGACUGAUUAUGAAUUAUACGCCGCCAACAGUACAGUAAUCGCAACGUAUGGUUAUAUUACUUUACACCUCGAUUUCGGCCUGCGACGAAUUUUUGAAUGGCGAUUUACAGUAGCCGAUGUCUCGAAGCCUAUUAUUGGCGUUGAUUUUUUGAUCUUUUACAAUUUGCUCGUCGACUGCCGCAAUCAAAAGCUUAUUGACAAAACUACUUCUCUCUUUACUGACGCACAGCAAGUCAGCGCGGCUGAAACUAUAUCGUCGAUUCGCACGACCUUGACUAACGACUCCACGUAUACGCUACUUCUACGUGACUUCCCGGAUAUCACUCGCCCCGCCGGUAAACUAGGUGCCCCUAAGCACGAUACAGUGCAUCAUAUAAGGACAACACCUGGACCCCCGGUCUCCAGCCGCCCUCGACGUCUGGAUCCUGAGCGCUUAAAGAUUGCUAAAAAAGAAUUCGAUGACAUGCUGCAGAACGGCACAGCUCGCAGAUCAGAGAGUCCAUGGUCGUCACCUUUACACCUGGUGCGCAAGAAAAACAAUGGGUGGAGACCUUAUGGAGACUAUAGGGCGCUUAAUGCUCGAACUAUACCCGACCAGUACCCUGUUCGUCACAUACAAGAUUUUGCUUAUAUGCUAGCAGGCAAAAACAUAUUUUCCACCAUAGACCUAAUCAAGGCCUACAAUCAAAUACGCGUAUAUGGACCGGAUAUUCCCAAAACAUCGAUAACGACACCUUUCGGAAUGUUCGAAUUUCCCUUUAUGACUUUUGGAUUACGUAACGCAGCCCAAACAUUCCAAAGGUUCAUGGAUGAACUCCUUCGCGGAUUCGACUUUGCCUACGGUUACCUAGACGACAUUUUGAUCUCCUCAUCCUCAGAAAUCGAGCACAAAGAACAUCUGAGUCAGCUCUUCAGACGACUUCAAGACUACGGUGUUUUGAUCAACACUUCGAAGUGUGUCUUUGGUCAAUCUGAAGUAACCUUUCUAGGAUAUCGCGUCUCAGCACAGGGCAUAAGUCCAUUGGAGUCGAAGGUGCAAGCUAUUAACGACUUCCCAGCGCCGCAAACCGUUAAGGAAUUACGAAGGUAUUUGGAUAUCCGAUUUGUGUCUGGGAAGGAUAACAUAGUGGCUGACGCUCUCUCGAGAAUCGAGGAGGUUACAAAAUUCUUAGAUUAUCAAGCCCUCGCGGAAGCCCAGACUAGCGACACUGAACUGUCGGAGCUUCUACAAGGUGGAUCUUCACUCCAGCUACAAAAGAUUACAGCCCCAGUCUCAGGUCAGUUCUUCUCUUCAUCUUCUCCAGAGCCAGUAGUAGACAUCUCCGAUUUUGCCAGUCGCCUUCGAAAGCACAUGAGCCAACUUUCUCCGCAGCCAACAUCAUGGCACACGAGCUCCAACCGUCCCUUUUACAUUCCGAAAGACUUGAAGGAUUCUGCAUAUGUAUUUCUACGUCAAGGUCCGGAACGACGAUCUCUGGAAGCACCAUACCAAGGACCGUUCAAGGCGACGAAACAGCUUCAGAUAGCUCUGAUUCAAAUCAUGGUGCAGAUGAUCAAACGUCAUCAGACCAGGACCUAG